CACGCGUAGCUUCUUGAUGAGUUUUAUCUGAGAAUAAAAGAGGAAAGAAGAGACGCAAGUUUAGUACGAAGUAUGUGUAGCAAUAAGACGCAUCGUUUUGCAUUACAACAUUAAAUACGACAUUAAUCGAAUGUCAUACCGAAAAAUUAUGAAUUCUCAAAAAGAAAAAAUGACGGUGCUUGCACUUUUCGCGCUUAUUGCCAUGAGUCUCGAUGGGGUCGUUGGAAUGAAAACUACGACAAGAACUCUCUUCCCGUCACAUGCUACGCUGUUACUCAGAGAUCGUUAUUCGUUCACAAGCCCAGGCAUGGUUUUCGGUACUUGCGAUGAAACUGUUUUAGUGGCCAAAAAACGCUCGUGUACUUUCGUCAUGGAAACAAAGAAGCCCAUAGAUUCGCCCGACCAUUUCCGCGUCUGUGAUGUUACAUUCCAAGUUAAUAGACCAGACGAAGUCAUCGGAAAAAUCUACAACAUCAUCGCAUUCGGAAAAAACAAAGCUGUUGUUGCAUGGAAGGAACCGAACAAUUUCGAUCGUUAUGGAAUCAUACAUUUUUCCGAUUGUCGCGCUAUCGUCGCAAAAAUAAACGACAAUGUGAACAUCAAGUUUGGUUCAAUCAUGGCUGCCGCUGAUGACAUGUUCGAUGUAGUCGAGCCUAACUACGGUAUAUCAUCUUGUAAUAAUGGAACGUACUGCAGGCUGAUCAUUAAUAGUGAGGGCAACAUCGUUACCGAUAUGGACGAAUGGAUAAGUGUUAAAGUGAAUACCAUCCUCGCUGCUGUGUAUUCGCCGACGAAAGUUCGUUUGGCUAUAGAUGGCAGUUUAUCUAACGGCGAUGUCCGAGUUAUGACGGCUGAUAAGACGAUCCAAGUCUUGAGAAAAUACUCCAACUCGGAAAAAAAUGUUAUCCCUACCAUAGCUAUCUCUCAGACAUACGAGAAACUAAGUAUUUGUUACCAGUCGAAGUCGCAUAUAUUCAAUUGUUCACAAUUUAAUUUGAAUGGAAAUCUACAAUUUGAAAAUACUUUGGACUUCAGCAGUAACAUUCAGACAGCGGAAAUUCACAACUUACCAGAUGGCGGUUUCAUGUUGCUAACUGAGAGUUGCUUAAGUGGUAGUCCAUUUAGUUGUGUUCAGAAAAGUAAAAAUAGUUUCGUCAUUACUAAAAUAGACUCUAAAGGAGUUAAAGUCGGAUCUAUGGUGGUUUCAAAGUUUCGAUUUGACGGUCCGAUUGAUUUGAAGGAUGUUCAUUUCUUCGUAAAUGAAAAUAACGAAUAUUGUUUAUCGCACAUGUUCGUCAAAAUCGAAAAAGGAGGUUCAAUGGAUAUUACGAUCACUUGUUUUGAAGAAGAAAAUUUAACAAAUUCUUAAAUUAACUUACUUAUAUUCAUCUGAUGGCUUUUUAUGGUAUGAAUUUUCGAAUAAAUUUUUACAUUAUUAUAUAUAUUAUAUUUAGUACUUUAAAUUUAUACAUGUUUUACCGCUAUGUAAUUACAAAUUUUGCAUUGGAUAGAUAAUACAAUUUAUUAUCAUUUUUUCUACACUUUUAGCUUCUGUCUGCAGUAUGAUGUAUCUAAUAAAACAAUAAUAACUAAAAUUGUACGUUUAUAUAAAAUAUAGUAUUUCAAUAAAAAAGAAAAUCAGAAUAUUCAACGUAAAUGCAUGUUACAAUAAUAAUUUCUGACGACUGACUGCUGUUCCUAAUUGGAAGUUCUAAUGAUAUAAGUUUGAAAAUUUUUAUCAAUAAAAAAAGUAGAAAAUUUCAAUUGAAUAAUUGGAUAAUCUAUGUUCAUUUUACCACUUUAUACAAGACAUUAAUUUUUUUUAACUUUUAGUUAAUCAAUGAUUUCGCUCGAUGAACAUUAAAGUAUUGAAGUUUUCUUCAAUUUAAUUAAAUAUGAUACUACAAUUAAAAGUGAACAAUUUUAUAAUUGAUUCUUUCAACCUACUUAAUUACGAUAGAUGUUGCAAAAAAAUGGUAUCUAUAGCUAUAAAAUUACCGUUAAAGCGAUAAGGCCGAUCGAAAUCCAACAUAGCAUAGAAGUUUCCAUAGUUAAAAAGGAUUAGAAUAAAUAUUUGGUUAAUUGGAAAAAUUGAAAAAAUAAAUAACAUGAAGUGGAAAAUAAUCGAUUACUGCGAUUUUACUCUCCCUAACAUUUUUUAUCAAGCCGUCAUAAAAAGUUUAAAACAUAUUACUCCUUGUAAGUUUUAUCAUUGAUUACAAAAUAUUGAAUUCAUGAUAACUAAAAGACUUCUUCUACAUAUAAAGCAUAGUUCGCAUAGGAAAUAGUUUAAUCUUGACUUAUAAACGUUAGUUUUUUUUCCGUGAUUGGCUAAUAAGUACUAGUAGCCAAAUAUACUGAAAUGGUACGACUAGUUCAAUUUGAAUGUAGUACUUGAAAACACCAGUCCUGCACAGAAUACUAAACGUAAGUUAUGAAAUUUAUUCUUAAAUACGUUUUUUUAGAUUUUUAACAAUAACUUUUCAAUUUUUGAACAGUAGUGCAGUCUAAAAAUGACAGUGAUUCAAAAAGGACAUAUAACUUUUUUAAUAUUGAUCAUUAAUGUUCUUACCUAUGAAUUGAACGCAUCAAUAAGAAUAAAUAAAUUCAUAGAGCUUAGGUACAAAACACGAUUGAUUGAAAACUAUUAUAAACCUGGUAGUGCAAGCUUCAUAUUUGGUAAUUGCGACCCUCGACCAAGAAGUUGGGGAAAAUUGUGUACAUUUGCUAUUCAAUCAAAACAAUCUGUAAACUCCAAAAAUCACAUAAAAAUAUGUGACUUUAGAAUCAAUGCUAAUUAUACAAAUGGCGAAUUUAUUGGACCAAUUCUUGAAGUACAUGACUUUGGCAAUGAUAAAGCAAUUCUCACGUAUAGAGGAAAAUAUGAUUUUAUUAGAUAUAGUAUAUUACAUUUUUCUAACUGCGAAGCUAUAGUUGUUGUCAAUGACAAACUGCAUCUUGAAAAAAAUCAUGUAGCAUCGGCAAUUUCGCAUUCAGCAAGAUGAUUUUGGACGAUGGCGGAAAUAUUGUUACAGGAUUGAACAAAUGGUUGUGUAAUGAAAAUCCUCACAUACUUGCAGCAAUACAGUCACCAUUUAAAGGAUAUUUUAUAGUCGAUGCGGCAACAAUGUUGCAAAAAACUGUUCAAAUCAAGGAAGUGAAUCAAAAUGGUAAAAUAUCUGUAAUAGAAUUUAAACAUUUUCAUAGUUGACCGCUGCUAUUUUUACAUAUGAGGAAAUUUGUUUAUAGUUCAACAUUUAUUAUUUUUGAAAAUUGUUAUUCUAUAUAGUUUAUAUUCCAUAUCGUUAGAUAGCUACAGAAAAUUAUCCACUAUUAUUUGCAAUCAGUUAUAUAAUAACACUUUACACACAUAUGCAUAAUAAUUUAUACCAAAAUAACAGUGUUUUUCCAAAAAUACUAAGUCUUAUUUUUAAACUGUUUCAGUUACAAUACUGAAAAAGUAUUUCAAUUAUGAGUCAUUUUCUUCAACAGUGGCAAUAUCAAGUACCUAUCAAAAAUUAAGUAUUUGCUACCAAAUUAAUUCACUUCGUUUUAAUUGUUCUCAAUAUAAUCAUAAUGGACGAUUACAAUUCGAAACUUUUUUAAAAUUCCAAUAUCCGACAAGAUCAGCUAAUCUUUAUAAUCUACCUAAUGGUGAAUUUCUAUUACUUGUUCAAGAAAGUAUUGAAGAAAAUAACGUUGCAUUUUCCAUAACUUAAACAAACAACUUGGUAGCCAUAAAAAUCAAUGAAAAAGGAAAUUUAGUAAAAUUUGCCAAACUACCAAUCGAUUUGUACGAUGUUAUAGAUUUUUCACAAAUUCAUUUCCACAUGGAUGAGUACGGUUAUUACUGUUUUUCCUUUGUUUAUGAAAUUUUAUUACUACAAAACAAUAAAUUAGCGGAUUUAGUUAUCGCUUGCUUGGAUAAUCAGGACUUUGAAAAUACAGAAAAAGAACAUCAAAAACAAAUCUUCGAAAUAACAACCAACAUUAGUUAGUUGUGUUUUCUGUCCAUCCUCCUCAAGUAAACAAUUAUGUAUAAUCAAUUUAUUGUUCAAAAAAUGUAUGUUUUAUAACAUCUAGUUCCUUGCCUAUUAACCAACUUACCUAUUAACUUACCUAUUAACCUUCAACGCGUAAACAUAUUAUUUAAAGUAAAAAGAAAUUAUUGUAAAAAAU